ACAACUACCCAAACCGACUCCAAAUACAAUAAUUCGGGCAUAUUGCAUUGGAAGCAACUACAUGGUUAUAGAGAAAGAGCAUAAGGUCAGGGAUAAUAACACAUUAACGGUCAGCAAUUGGCGCCAAAAUUCAAAGUGAGCGGAAGGCGCUCGAGAGGCGCUGCAGGCUCGGCUGAGACCGACAAAUCGGAAAUAAAUCGCGAAAUAACACUUCGAUCGGUAACACACAGCCACGAGGGAGGAUGUACAUCAAGUCGAUCAUCAUUGACGGCUUCAAGUCGUACGCGCAGAGGACGGAGAUCAAUGGCUUUGACCCCCUCUUUAAUGCGAUUACCGGUCUGAACGGCAGCGGCAAAUCCAACAUCUUGGACUCCAUCUGCUUCCUGCUGGGCAUCAGCAACCUGUCACAGGUACGAGCAUCAAACCUUCAGGAUUUGGUUUAUAAAAAUGGACAAGCAGGGAUUACGAAAGCCACUGUUUCAAUUACCUUUGACAACAGUGACAAAAAACAAAGUCCUUUGGGCUUUGAGACUCAUGAUGAAAUUACAGUUUCAAGACAGGUGAUAAUUGGUGGGAGAAACAAGUACCUAAUUAAUGGUGUGAAUGCACACAACACCAGAGUGCAGGAUCUUUUCUGUUCAGUUGGUUUGAAUGUCAACAAUCCCCACUUCCUCAUAAUGCAGGGUCGUAUUACUAAGGUUUUGAACAUGAAACCCCCGGAGAUCUUAUCACUGAUAGAAGAAGCAGCAGGAACCAGAAUGUAUGAAUGUAAGAAGUUAGCUGCCCAGAAAACAAUUGAGAAAAAGGAGGCCAAGUUGAAUGAAAUCCAUACGAUUUUGGAAGAGGAAAUUACUCCUACUCUUCAGAAAUUGAAGGAGGAAAGAUCCUCUUAUUUGGAGUUCCAGAAAAUAGUGCGUGAGAUAGAACAUCUUACUCGUCUGUAUGUUGCAUAUCAAUUUGUAUGUGCAGAGGAGACGAAGCUGCGCUCUGCAGAAGAUCUAAAGAAGAUGCAAGACAGUAUUGUAGGACUUAAGGAAACCAUUGCAGAGAAUGAAAAGAAAGUGAAGGAAAUCAGCAAAGAAGUCAGUGAGCUGGAGCAGAUCCGAGAUAAGGAAGUUGGUGGGGUGCUUCAGUCUCUGGAACAGGCACUUGCUGAUGCUCAUCGUAUGGAUGCUAAGGUGCAAAGUACACUCGACUCCAAGAAAGACAAUCUCAAAGCUGAAGAAAAAAAACGGAAAGUGCUUGUCAAGAGUAUGGAGGAGGAUGGCAAUGCUCUUGCAGCUAAAGAAAAGGAAGAGAAGAAGAUUUCCAGUGAACUGCACUCUCUAGAGGAAACUAGCCAGAAAGAUGACAAGGCUCUAGUCAUUGCACAGCAGCACUUCAAUGCAGUUUCUGCUGGUCUUUCCAGUAAUGAAGAUGGAGAGGCAGCCACACUUGCUGGCCAGAUGAUGGCUUGCAAAAAUGAUAUAAGCAAGGCAGAAACAGAGGCCAAACAGGCUCAAAUGAAAUUGAAGCACGCCCAACAAGAAUUUAAGACUAAGCAGGCUGAAGCAAAGAAGGCGGACAGUGGGUACAAGAAAAACCAGGAGGCCUUUGAAACUGUUAAAAAGAACAAAGAAAAAAUUGAAGCAGAAAUGCAGAAACUGAACUAUGAAGAUGGGAAGGAGGAGAAACUUUUGGAACAACGUCGCGCUCUGGCACAAACUGUGAACAAACUGAGAGAGUCUUAUGAAUCUUUGAUGGUGAAGUUCCCUAGUUUGAGUUUUGAAUACAAAGAUCCAGAGAAAAACUGGGAUUCUAAUCGUGUGAAAGGCCUUGUUGCCACACUUCUCUCUGUGAAAGAUAUCUCCACAGCGACAGCUCUGGAAGUGGUUGCUGGAGGGCGUCUAUAUAAUGUUGUAGUAGACACAGAGGUAACUGGAAAAAAACUUUUAGAAAAGGGAGAGCUUAAGCGAAGAUAUACCAUUAUACCACUUAACAAAAUCUCUGCCAAAUGUCUUAAUGAAGGUGUUGUAAAGGCAGCCAAAAAUUUGGUGGGUGCAGAUAAUGUGCACGCAGCUUUAUCCUUGGUUGGAUAUGAGCAUGAAUUAAAGAAAGCAAUGGAAUAUGUUUUUGGGUCUGUGUUAGUAUGUGACUGCUUGGAAAAUGCCAAGAGAGUGACUUUUGAUCCACGGAUUAUGACCAAGACUGUCACUAUUGGUGGAGAUACUUUUGACCCACAGGGAACAUUGAGUGGAGGUGCACGUACGCAGUCUACCUCUGUGCUAAUUAAACUUCAAGAGCUGAAGGAUGUCCAGGGUGAGCUCAAAACUAAACAAAAUGAGUUGCAGAAAGUGGAUAAGGAGCUGGGGAGUCUGAAGAAUACUGCAGAAAAGUACCGGCAGUUGAAGUUACAAUGCGAGUUGAAAUCACAGGAGGAGGAAUUACUGUUAGUAAAGCUUCAGCAGAGUGCUUACCACAAGCAACAGGAAGAGCUAGAAUCUCUUCAAGCAACUAUUGCUGAAUGUGAAGAAACACUUAACAAAACAAAAGAAGUGCAAAAGAAGGUUAAAGAAAAGUAUGCUAUUUUGGAAAAUAAGAUGAAAAAUGCUGACGCUGAGAGAGAAAAAGAAUUGAAGGAUGCUCAGAAGAAACUUGAUGAUGCCAAAAAGAAAGCUGACAUAUCCACUAAGAAGACAAAGGAGAAAAAGCAGGAAAUGGAUGCUUUACUUUUAGAAUUAGAGUCAUUGAAGAAUGAGCAGACUGGAUAUAAAGAGCAGAUUGAGGCUGUGGAUACAGCUGUCAAAUCCUACAAGGAACAGAUUGAAAACAUGGCUGAAGAAGUGGCUAAUAAUAAGGAGGCUGUGAAGAUGGCUCAGGACAAGCUGGUUAAACAAAAAGAAGCUAUAAAGACCCAGAACAAAGAAAUUCAAAUUAAAAACAAUUCAAUAUCAGAGUUAGUAAAACAGAAGAAUGAAGCUCAGUUGAAAAUCCAGGAACUGGAACACAAUAUCAAUAAGCAUAAACGUGACACUGCUGAUGCUGCUGCAAAAGUGACUCGGAUGCAGAAAGAGUAUGAAUGGAUUAAUUCUGAAAAACACCUCUUUGGCCAAACUAACACAGUCUAUGAUUUUAAAGCAAAUUGUCCUAAAGAAGCAGGCCAGCAGCUGCAGGAACUACAGCAGAAGAAAGACAAACUUGGCAAAAAUGUUAAUGUGAGGGCAAUGAAUAUGCUGAGCCAGGCCGAGGAUCGGUACAAUGAUUUAAUGAAAAAGAAACGAAUAGUGACAAAUGACAAGUCAAAAAUUCUUUCAACUAUUGAAGAGCUAGAUAAAAAGAAAAAUGAAGCUUUGAAUGUAGCUUGGAAACAGGUAAACCAAGAUUUUGGCUCCAUUUUCUCCACACUACUUCCUGGAGCAAAGGCCAAGUUAGUUCCUCCUGAAGGCAAGACUAUACUAGAUGGACUAGAAUUCAAAGUAGCUCUUGGAGGCGCUUGGAAGGAGAACCUAACCGAACUUAGUGGUGGUCAAAGAUCACUUGUGGCACUUUCUCUGAUUCUGGCUAUGCUACUUUUCAAACCUGCUCCAAUUUAUAUUCUGGAUGAAGUAGAUGCAGCCUUGGACCUCUCACAUACACAAAAUAUCGGCCAAAUGCUGCGAACACAUUUCCGCCAUUCUCAGUUUAUUGUUGUGUCAUUGAAAGAUGGUAUGUUCAGUAAUGCCAACACUUUAUUCAAAACGAAGUUUGUGGACGGCGUGUCAACUGUCACAAGAUUUGCUCAGAGUCAGAAUGGUUCGGUCACACCCAAGAAUCUCCCUAGCCAACCAGAUAAAGCAAAAACAAAAGACAAGAGGAACAGACUGAAAAUAUAA